AUGGACGAGCGGCUGGUGGAGGCGGCGCAGGCGCUGCUCACGGGCUAUGACACAGCACUGAGCCGGCAUCUCGACAACGCGCGCGUGCUGUGGGCGCGCGUCUUUGAGCGCAACCGCCGAGACGUGGAGGAGAAGAGCGAGCAGCUCAAGGCCCUCGGCAACAUGGCCGCCCUCAUCGCGGGGUUCUCCCUCGCGGCGUUCAUGCAGUUUGACUGGACGGGCUUUGUCGACACCACGGGCGCCCUGCUGCCGCUCUUUGGCCUCACCAUGGCGCUGACCGUGGGCUUCAACAUGAUCGCCGUCAUCAUCUGCACCCUCAUGCUCGUCAGCAUCAUCAAGACCGGCCAGCGCUACACAUCCGAUGAAGAGGAGGCGGAAUUCAUGGCACGAGCACGCGACUUUGCCCUGACCUACAGGCCCGGAAUGCGGCCGCCGGCGCCGCACCGAUCCUUCGCCGCCCACUGGAACACGCGCUGCGAGACCAGCUGGCGGCGCGCCUUCACCCUCUUCGGCCUGUCCAUCCCCGCGUGCUUUGCCAACCUAGCGGUCGCGGCGUGGAUCAAGUUCGACAGCUCUGUCCCUGCGGCCGCUAUUGUGACGGCGAUCAUGCUGCUGUCCGCGGCCGCGGUGGCGUGGCACCACCGUAAGUGGACGGCGCACAUCCUCACAAAGGACCGCCUGGCACAGGGCGCCGAGCGCAUACCUUUGGUCAGCAGCGGCCUGCCAUUUGACUGGCACCUGAAGCCGGCGACACUGCCGCGCGGCGCUGCCAACGGCAACGACCCGUCGCAGUGGGGCGGCAGCGUCGGCGACGGCGUGUCGCAGUCUGCGUCGGAGCCCAGGGGCGCGUGGCCGCUGCGCUCCAGCGCGCCGACCUCACAGUCGCAGUCGCACGUGGCGCUGGCUCACCCAACAUCGCAGGUGGACAUCGACAUGCAGGCACGGCUUGCGCCGUCGCGGUGA